AUGCAGAACCUAGAAUCAACUUUAGACUUCCACUCGUGGGAGAGGCGAGUGGAGCCAGAGACAAGAGCAGAGGCCCAGAGGCCGAACUCGGGGUUUGACAAGAUUGGCAGGCUGUCCUGCAGGAUCAUCAAGGAAACCCAGCGUUUGCUGGCAGAACCAGAUGAGAGCAACACCAGUUAUUUUCAUGUGGUCAUUGCUGGCCCCCAGGAUUACCCCUUUGAGGGAGGGACUUUUAAACUUGAACUAUUCCUUCCAGAAGAAUAUCCAAUGGCAGCACCUAAAGUAGGUUUCAUGACCAAAAUUUAUCAUCCUAUUGUAAACAAGUUGGGAAGAAUAUGUUUAGAUAUUUUGAAAGAUAAGUGGUCCCCAGCACUGCAGAUCCGCACAGUUCUGCUAUCAAUCCAGGCUUUGUUACGUGCUCCUAAUCCAGAUGAUCCGUUAGCAAAUGAUGUAGCUGAGCAGUGGAAGACCAAUGAAGUCCAAGCCAUAGAAACAGCGAGAGCAUGGACUAGGCUAUAUGCCAUCUCUUCUGUUCUGCCAAGACACUUGUUCUGUUUGCAUUUAAUGGACACAGUCUUAGAAACAUUACAGAAUAAAAGCCCAGGCAUCUUCAUCUUUAGUGAUUACAUGCACAUUAGCAAAUCUAUGUUUUGUCCUGAUUUACUGUUGUAAAGCAUGAGCAGAGGCUAGAAGUAUCAUCUGGGUUGUUGUGAAAUGCUUUAAAACAGUGACUCUUAGACCAUCAUGGUUUA